UGUAGUGUUCGGUCAACCGACAUCCUCCACAACCACGUGUAACUCGGUCAUGGUGUUUGCGAUAUGGAGCAACGACGUUCCAGCAUCAGCAUCAGAAAUGGUUUCUGAAACGAAUAUGUAGCUGAGAAGUGGGGGUGCAGCGUGAAGCAAGAUAUUAAGCUUUGCUGAUGUGGAAGCCGACUAAACUACAUGGGAGGUUCUGAAAUUUCCUUCAUCAACAUUGUCAUCGACAUUUUUUAGUGUUUAGUGCCAAAAAACUCUUUGCUUACCGGUUUUCGGUAGCUACUCUUCAUUCAGUUUUUGUGUGUUAUGCAAGGACUCAUGCUUCUCCAAAUUCUGAUAGGUUUUUCUGUGUUGGCGACGGCGAUUCCAAAGCCGGAGAACGAACACAAAUCACGAAUCAUCAAUUCGGAGCCAAGUGAGGAAGAACAUUUUGUCAAAUCUCAACAUAAUCCAGCUUAUGAUCAUGAAGCAUUUCUUGGUGAAGAAGCAAAAACGUUUGAUCAACUUACUCCUGAAGAAAGCACAAGAAGAUUAGGAAUAAUAGUUGACAAAAUAGACAAGGAUAAAGAUGGUUAUGUUACUGGAGAAGAACUUAAAGAUUGGAUACGUUAUACCCAACAACGUUACAUAAGAGAUGAUGUUGAAAGACAAUGGAGAUCUCAUAAUCCAGAAGGAAAAGAAAAACUUCCAUGGACGGAAUAUAUGGCAAUGGUUUACGUAGAUGUGGAUGAACAUGAAUUAGAAAAUCAAAAAAAAUCUAAUGAUAAUACAUUUUCAUAUGCAUCUAUGCUUAAAAAGGAUCGCAGACGUUGGACAUCUGCAGAUUUAGAUGGCGAUGAUGCUCUUACAAAAGAAGAAUUUGCUGUUUUCCUCCAUGCAGAAGAAGCUGAUCAUAUGAAAGAUAUUCUAAUAUUGGAAACUAUCGAAGAUAUCGAUAAGGAUGGGGACAGCAAAAUAUCUCUUUCAGAAUACAUAGGUGAAAUGUAUGACGGUACAGAUGCUAAAGAGGAACCAGAAUGGGUGAAAAAUGAAAAGGAACAUUUUUCUAUGUAUCGUGAUAAAGAUGGCGAUGGUUUCUUAGAUUUUGAAGAGGUUAAAGCCUGGAUUAAUCCAGCAGAUUUUGACCAUGCAGAGGUUGAAUCUCGACAUUUAAUAUAUGAAGCUGAUACAGAUGCAGAUCAAAAACUUACUAAAGAAGAAAUAUUAGAAAAGUACGAUGUUUUUGUCGGCUCUCAAGCAACUGACUUUGGAGCAGCAUUAGCCAGACAUGAUGAAUUUUAACAAAAAGAUAACAGAGAUAUCUCAAAUAACAUUUUUGUGAACAAAAUAAAAGAUACUUUUAGUACAUAUAAAAAAUGUAUAAAGCAUUUACAAAAAAUAUUUAUCUUUAUUAGUAGGCUAAGAAUUUUUUUAUAAUGCCUGACUUCAACUUACCUCGUAACAUUACUUCUAAAAAUACUUACACCUUUUAAUAAUGUAAAUAUAUAUUACUCAUU